UCACUACUCUUUACUCAUCAUAUCCACAUUUUCACAUUAUAUUAAUUCAUUCCCAACAAAGAAGACAGAUAUGGUACAACAAACAAAGAAGUUCAGAGGAGUCAGGCAACGCCAGUGGGGCUCUUGGGUGUCAGAAAUUCGCCACCCUUUGUUAAAGAGAAGGGUGUGGCUAGGGACAUUUGAGACAGCAGAAGCAGCAGCAAGAGCAUAUGAUCAAGCUGCAAUUUUGAUGAAUGGUCAAAGUGCUAAGACUAAUUUUCCAAAGAAACAAGGUGAAGAUGAUUCUGCUAUUGACACCUCUUCUAAUAACAAUGGUGGUGGUGAUGAUUCUUUCUUGUCUCCCAAGGCACUUUCUGAGUUACUUAGUACUAAGCUUAGGAAGUAUUGUAAAGACCCUUCUCCUUCACUUACUUGUUUGAGGCUAGAUAAUGAUAAUUCUCAUAUUGGAGUGUGGCAAAAAAGAGCUGGAACACAUUCUGAUUCUAAUUGGGUCAUGAGAGUUGAACUUGGUGGGAAGAAAAAGACAGUAGAAUCAGAGAUAGGGUCAAAAGAAGAUGUUAUUGAUGGUGGUAGUAAUAAUGGUAAUGCUGAUGAUAUUCAAAAUAGGGUGAUAGUAGAAGAAGAGGAAAGAGUUGCUUUGCAGAUGAUUGAAGAGUUACUUAAUUGGAAUUAUCCAUGUGGUUCAACUUCAAGUAAUUAACUAUCAGAAUUCAGAAGGAAGAAAAUAGGAACAUUUCAUGUCAUGGUUCUUAAAAUUGUAGCAAAUCCAUGCAUGCCAUUUUCUGCUAUAUUUUUCAUGUACUUUUCUGUUUUCUGUAAAAUAUAUUUAUAUAUGUAUAUGCUGUCAAAGUGCUGAUAAAUAGAUAAUAGCCACUUUGAUAGUUACUUAAUACAAUAUGCAAUAUAUAUUAUGGAUUUGUGGUUGGGAAACAUUAGAAUUUGGAUCAGAUUAAGAAGAAGGAUGUGUUGGAAUUAUUGAAAAGUUAUAUAAAAAGCAAUUUAAUCUGUCAA